AGAACAAGAUUCAGAUUUGGAUGUGAAAUAUAUAAAAAAUAUUGUUUAUAUUUUAAAUAUUGGAUACUUGACGAAUUAAUAAGUGAUAAAGUCUUAAGUAAUAAAUUUUUGGAAUUUUUCGACCUCUGGAAUAAUCGUUUAAAAGAUAUAUGGCCGAAAUGUGAAUUCAAAAUUAAAAAUCUAUGCGAUCUAAUACUUUUAAAAAGAGCUUAUGAUUACUAUUUAUUUUCUGACGCAUGUUAUAAUACUGAUGAAAAAAAUGCCAUAAUCUCUAACAGGGGUUAUUGCAAAUAUAUUAAAGAUUCUGAGACCAUAUACUUAUUAUAUGCACAUAAAUGUGAAAACGAUGAUCCCACUGAAGAUUGUAAAGAAUUUAAUGAAUUUAACGAAUUUGAAGGAUUUGAAGAAAUUGAAGAAAUUGAAGAAUUUGAAGAAUUUAAAGAAUUUGAAGAAUUCAAAGAAUUUAAAAAAUACGUACUUUCUUACAUUAAUCAUGAACACUUCGUGAGGUCUGAAGAUAAUGAGGAAGAUGUUUUUGCAAUUUCAUGCAAUACGGGUUCAACAUUUGGUUCUGAUCUACAUAAAGGUAUUUAUAUAUACUACCAUUACUAG